GGUACCAGGCUGGCUCCUUUUCCGUAGUUUCUUCCUCUGGCAUCUUGCAUUCUUUUACACCCAUAGCGUAUUCUUUUCAACCAAAACCGUCUUUUGCAAUGUUGUCGCAUAAAUUUUACGCCCUUUUCUUCGCGUUGUCCGCUUGCGCGCUCCCGGUGAGACGCGAAGUACCCCAAGAACACUCGCACGAACCUUUUCUUACCUCUGUCGGGAAUAGUCUGGACGUCAAUAACCCUGAUCAAAUUACUGACCCUGUCUUUGCCCUCCUCGGUGACGCGGCAGCGGCGCAAGGCGCUGGCAAUGUGACCAAUCUCGACUGUCUUCAACAAAUUGUGGCGGACCAAGCUUUCACAAAUGCAAAAGCUGCAGGUGAUGUCCAAGGCCAAGUUGAUGCGCUCGUUUUCCGUACGUUAGAACGCAACUCUGCGUCAGUCGGUGCGACAACCGCCCAAUGCACUGGAGUCCAAGCCACCAAUCCUGAAAUAGCUGCACUUCAACAACACCAGGACCCUGCAUCUCCCAAUGCUACAGCUGUGAACAAAGCUAUUGAACUGGAAUUGGCGAAGCAAAUCGCAUCCGUCGGAGGGAACCCCCAGGACGCACUGAAAUCUGGGACGUUUGCUCCUGGUCAGAUUGGGGACCCUACGGCGAAAGGUAACACAUGUGACGACGCAAAUGAUCCCAAUGGGUGCAUUUUUACGCAGAAUUUAUUGGUUCCUGCUGCAACCGCCGAUGAAAUUAGUGCUGCCGUUGGCGGUACCACUUCAGCUAACGGAACGACUGUCUCCAACAGCACUAGCACCAACGUUGACACCUCCGGUUCUUCCGAUAACUCCACCAACGUAUCCAGCCUUGGGGCCGCCACCAGUGCUGCUGUCAUAGCGUCUGCUAUUCCAACAGCUGCCGGCUCUGCAGUUACUGCAGCUAGUGGAGGCAAAAACCUCCAGACGUUUACUGGUGCCUUGGGCGGGGUUUCUGCUCCUGCGGUGACCGCUGGUGGCAAAGGUUUCGUUGUGCAAGGUUCAGAUAGCUUCCUCAAUCUUGCUGCGGCGUUAGGUCGUUCUUGUGAUAUACAACACAAUCAAUGUGCGGACGCUGCAAACUCGAAUACGAAUUCGGGUUCGGCGAGUGGACUUACUGUGAGCCAGUGCGAUCAGCAGGACACACAGUGUGAAGCAGCUGGGUCGUCUUAGAUGUAGUUCUAAGCAGUGUCGUCGAUAGAAACUAGAGCUGGUCUGGACUAUGCCUCGUGUAUUUCAAGGGUUCGAAAAUGAUGUUGUACUGUAAUAGGUAUGUUCACUGAUAUAUGUAGCGCUAUGGAAUCUU